AUGGCACGCAAAUCCGUCCUCUCCGUCAAUGCCGGAUCCUCUUCGGUCAAGCUUACCUUCUAUACCUACGAGAAGACCCCAAAGGUCAUUGCUGCCGCGCAGGUUUCCGGUAUCACUGCCCCACCAGCAAAGCUGAAAUAUACGAGUGGCGACAAGCAACACAAAGAGGAACUCAAGGAAAGCAUCAGUACUCCUCAAGAUGCCUUCAAAUUUCUGCUUCAGCGCUGCAUCUCUGAUCCCGAGCUUUCCGAAGUCGCCAGCACAGAUGAUCUAGCCUAUAUCUGCCACCGUGUGGUGCACGGUGGAGACUACGACAAGUCUGUUGUAAUCACCGACGAAACUUAUCAUCAUCUCGAGAAACUGGAAGACCUAGCUCCAUUGCACAAUUACUCGGCCCUGGAGAUUAUACGGCAUUGCAGGAAGGAAAUCCCAUCCGUCAGGAGCAUCACCUUCUUUGACUCGGCGUUCCAUCAGACUCUUCCUGAGCAUGUCAAGACCUACCCAAUCGACCAGAAGACAGCCAGGUCCAACGGGCUCCGGAAAUAUGGCUUCCACGGCAUCAGUUAUUCGUUCAUUCUGCGCUCUGUUGCCGAGUUUCUGAACAAACCUGCUGAUAAGACCAAUAUUAUCGCAAUGCAUAUCGGAAGCGGUGCUUCUAUCUGCGCCAUCAAGGAUGGUAAAUCAGUUGAUACCACGAUGGGACUCACACCGCUAGCCGGAUUACCAGGCGCUACACGAAGCGGAGACAUUGAUCCAUCCCUUGUGUUCCACUACACCAAUGAUGCAGGCAAACUCAGUCCUGCCAGCACUAAAGAAAUGCACAUCAGCACGGCCGAAGAAAUUCUCAACAAAAAGUCUGGCUGGAAAGCCUUGACCGGCACAACCGAUUUUGCCCAAAUCGCCGUCGAGAACCCACCGACACGGGAACAUAAACUGGCAUUCGACAUCCUCGUUGACCGCAUUGCGGGCUACCUGGGCAAUUACUUUGUAAAGCUAGACGGCCGUGUCGACGCCUUUGUCUUCGCAGGCGGAAUUGGCGAGAAGAGCGCGCUGCUUCGAAAAGCAGUUACGGAGAAGUGUCGCUGCCUGGGAUGUGCGGUUGAUUCGGGGAAGAAUGACAAGGGUGCAGGGGAUGGGGAGACGGUAGUGGAUAUUUCUCGGGGUGAGGACAAGGGUCCUAAAGUAUUGAUCUGUCAGACAGAUGAACAGUUCGAGAUGGCAUACGGAUGCGUCAAUCAGUAUGAGAGGCCGUAG